GAUGCUUACGCAAAAAUUAGUAAAUCUCUAAAAAAUAAAAACUUGUUUGAAAGCAAAUUAAAAGCAAAAAUAAAUAAAUAUUUAUAUAUAUAUUAUCCGCAAAUUUCGAAAGUAAUUUACGUAAUUCUUAGAGAAAAUAUCUCCUGCCUGUGAAAGAAAUGACAAACUUGCCACUAUUCGACUGACUACUUCAUGAAUUUGUAUAUAAACAUUUCUAGAGGUUCUGAAAUAAGGAAAACCAGAUCUCAUAAGGCAAAUGAAAUCACUCCCCCAUUUCUUUAAAAGAGAAGAAAAAAAUGAUUUUUGGAGUUCUUUCACUCAUUCUGAAGACUUCGAAGGGAUUGUUUGAUCUGGCGUCUUGCGAGGACUGCGCUGUGUGCAGCACCGCAGCAGCAGCCAUGGGCACUGUACUCAGCUUUUCUCCUCGCGAGAGGAAACCAGCCUAUGGGGAGUACAACCUCAACAACUACAACUACGAGCAGCUCAACAACGUGAAGAACAAGGAUAAGAACGGUGGCGGAGUGAGCAACGGAACGGAAAAGUGCAACGGAAACAACCACAACUUCAAGAAGCACUCCCUCUUUAUCAACGCUUUGAGUUGGAAACAUUUCACCGUUUCGAGCAAGAAGAAGCAAGAGAAAAACAAAAAUCUCCGUCAACCCCUAGAUAGCAUCCAUUCCCUUGUGGAUAACAACAAAAACAUCCAGAACUCUCUCGCCUGCUUCAAGCCUGGUUUAGGCCAGUUAGAUGUAGUCGUUAGAAACAACAACAACCUUGACAAUGUUUGCAAACAAAAGCCAGCCCCACCACCCCUGCCACCGAAGCCUGCCAUUCUCACCGCCCACAACCUGGUCCGGCCAGCAAACCAUGGGGCAGUUGGUCCCCUUGCUUUCACGUCCAGCUGCGGAGGUGUCCUGCCUCCUCCAGGAAAAGCUGCCGGCACAUCAAUUAACGGCAAUGUUGUAGCUCCGAGUCCUCACAAGAAAACUGUAAUCCAGGCUUCCACUUCGGAGUUGCUGCGUUGCUUGGGCGAAUUCCUCCACCGACGUUGCAGGAAACUGAAAGAUUUCCAUCCCACCGAUGCUGUCAUGUGGCUGAGGACUGUUGACAGAAGCCUCUUGAUGCAAGGCUGGCAAGACAUCGCCUUCAUCAAUCCAGCUAAUGUCGUUUUCUUGUACAUGCUGUUGCGAGAUCUCGUUGCUGAAGACAUUGAACAGGAGCGUGAACUUCAGGCUGUUGUACUGACGUGCUUGUACCUCAGCUACUCGUACAUGGGCAACGAAAUCUCCUAUCCUCUCAAACCAUUUUUGGUGGAAGACUCCAAGGACAAGUUCUGGGACCGGUGUCUUCUCAUCAUUAAUCUCCUCAGCGGCAAGAUGUUGCGCAUCAAUAGCGAGCCUAGUUUCUUUACUGAGGUCUUCACAGAGUUGAAAGCAUGUUGCAUGAUGGCGGCGUAGCAAAACUUUAAGUCUUUAGGUCGAAAUGUUUUUUGUAACGUUAUUGUAACUACUACAAACACUUGAGAAAGUCGUGGAUGAGACGCUGGUUUGUCUAUUUUUUCAUAGAUUGUCAUGCGUCAUUUUUAUCGCAGAUGUUGGACACUUGCAAAGACUAAGUAUUGGUAAGAUUUAUCAUGCAUGAUUGAAAUUAUAUUCUAAGAGUUACUUCUGUUAAAUACACAGUUUGUAUCAUUUCAUAAUAUCUUAUAUACUUUGUUUAAGUUUGAAUAACAAGUAAUUUAGAAAAUAGAAUUAUUCUUUCCUUUUUUUACAAUUGACGUUAUUACUAUGUUAAGCCUUAACUAUAAAAAAAAAUAUAUUUAGCAAUUUUAAAAGAAAUAUCACUUAAAAUUUUUACAGAAUAUAAGUUCCGGUUUCUUGUUUACAUUUUGUUUCGAUAGAAAUUAAUUGCGCUUUGACUCAUGUGCAUUUUAAAAUUUAUUAUGUAUACAUUUUUGAAUAAAAUAGCUUAAAUUUUGUGUAAUUAACAUGAAAUGGAUUAAAUUUUUAGAUUUUUUUAAAAUAAAUAUUUCGAAAUUUGAAAUUACUUUUUAUUUAAACGCCAAUUUGAUUUAAAAUGCGAAGAAACUGAAAUUAAUAUUUUUUUAUAAUUUGACAAAAAAAUAAUAAUCUAGUAGAACACUCUUCAUUGUAUUUGUAUUCUUAGAUUGUGUAUAUUUAUUCUAAUUUUUGUGAAUAAGUGUUUUGAAUUGGUAAAAUAAUUCACCUGAAACUUUACUAAUAUUGAUUGUUUGAACAUAUAUUUAAAUUAUUUUGUUAAUCAAUCAUGAAUCUGAAAAAACAUGUUCGUUAAACUUAUUUAUUACUUAAAACACAAAAUAAUGGUGUUAAUAAUAAACGUAUUAAAAAGUAGUAAUUUAAAUCGCGAGUGUGUAAAUGCUUUAUAAGUUCGAAACAAAGUCAUUUUAAUAAUUAUUAAUGUAUUAAAUUAAAGAAUAGUUACAGCAAAUAUUCUAUAAUUUGUAACUAUGUUGGUGUUAGGUACCAUGAAACAAAUGAGAAUUUUAUUUUGAAAAUUACAACAAAAUAUUGUUGAUAAAUCCUAUUUUGAAUUAGUAUUAAUGUUUAUUAAAUUUGAUGGUUACUAGAAACCCAAAUAUUGAAUUUCAACAAAAUUAAGAUUGUGGAAUAUAUCCUAAAUUAAAUCUUAAAUGAAUGCCUUCGAAUUUAGCAUAAAGAAAAAGUAUUGAUUUUGAGUGUAAAGGAAAUAUAAAAAAAAUUUAUCAGGACAGUUACUCAAACUUAUGUUCUAAACGUCUCUUAAAAUCUUUUUUAUUAUCUGAAUACUAAAACCUAAGUACAUAUUUCCAAAUGUAGUGGAAAUAUUUACAAUGGAAAACUUUUCUUACGAUUCAGCUACCUCAAAAAGAACGCGUAGUACCAGGAGCAAUGGCGUCAAGUAUCGAUUUUUCGAAAUGCGAUUGUCUAGCACUCAAAGGCAUUGCUUCUGAUUUAAUUACGAUCUAAGUUUUACCAGAAAUUGAAACAUAGUUUUUAAUUUGCAAAUUAAAUAUAAUUCUGAUACUUGUCAUUGAUUUCGGUUUGAUAAUUUAAAUAACGCAACGUUAUCAAGUUUAAUGCAUAAUAAUUAAAUUUUAUUACAUACAGCAUACAAUUAGACAAUGAUUAGAAACAAUAGUAUCCGUACUACCAUAAUUGAACCAGAUCUUAUAUUUUUAACACUAACUCUUCUAACAAUUUUCACUUGAUUUAAUAACUUAUAUGUGAAUAUAUUUUCCACAAACAAAUCGCAUAUAGUUCAAAUGAAAUUGAUAGCAUGAGUUUCUAAAAUUGCGUCUUAAUUUUAACUGUUAAUUGAAAUUGUAUGAAAAAAUUGCCGUAGUUUCAGUAAUUAAAAAUAAAAUUAAUAUUUUUUACAAAAUUAACUAUAUUCAUCAGCUUUUAUUAAUAACUAUUCAAACUUAUUUCAAUUUAUAAAUUGAAGCUAUUUGAUUUAUAAAUAAUGAGAUGAAUAUGAAAUUUUAGUAGUAUUUAGCUAAUGACGAAGUAUGUAAUUAAAAUGCCAGUUUUGAGUUUUUCAAAAAAAUUAUUAAAUACACUUAUAAAAAAAAUCCACAGUUAGUUUUAGUAUAAUAAAUCAUAAGUUUUAACAAUCGGUUGUAAUUAGUAAUUUGAUAACUGGGAUUAAAAUGUAAAAAAAAGUUCAUUAUUUUGAAAUAAAACUUUUUAACGAUUAAAUGUUUCGUAAUUAUAGCCAUAAAACAAAUUGUGAAUAGUGAAUGAAACUCAAAGUACAUAGUUGCCAUGAGAAAAAAUGGGCGCCUCAUUAUUUAUUAUAGAUUUAGACUCAUUAAAAAUGAUAUUCUUUUAGAGUAACUUCUAUAUUGCAUAAGAUGUUAGGUUAUCACAACCCAUGUUAAAUAAUCGAUUUAAAAGUACGUUUUUUUUUUCAAUUUACUCCUCGUUUUAAUUUUUUUUGCCACUUUUAAACAGGCUUUUUAUGAAUUAUAACUGAAAAAUAUUUUUUUUAAUUUAGUGUUAAAGAGAAUUUUUUUUUUAAAUUUAUGUUAAACAAUCUAAUAAACAUUAUUAAAAUGUGCAUCAAGAUAAGAAAAAUGAAACUCAACAGCUUUGGGAAAAUCAAUUCAGUAUUUUGUGAGAAAAGGUGUAUCAAAGUUGGCCAAUUCUUUUCGAAUGACAUGGAUUUAAUUAAAUAAUUUACUCAAAAGUUUAAAAAAAAAAUGUUUCAAGAUGUGUUCCUUAACACAAAAAAAUCAGUAUUUAUUUAAAAAAAGAUAUUUAGUUUUUUAUAUUAAAUAUCGUCUGGCAAGAGAAUCAACAUCCACUUUAUAAAAUUUAAAUAUACAUAUGUAAAAAAACUGCUGUUUAAUUUUUUUAGAACAAAAAUAAAAAGAACAACAAAAAGUGCGUGCUUAAUUUUAGUGUCGCUCGUUCCAAAACAAAGGUCUGUCACCAACCGCUCAGGGAUUUGCGUGACUAAAUCUCAUCCAAUAAAUGGAACAACCUUAAAAAAGAGGCCAGAUUGAAAGCUGAGUGGACUUCAUUUCCAACUAAUCACGCAAACGAUAAAUUGCUUGAAGUUUACGGAACUUAAAGUAAUAUUCGAAUUUUUAGUGAUAAUAGUGAAUAAAUUAACACUUCCUCAAUAGCCUUUUUUUAAUUGAAAUUAAACUUUUGAGGUUUCAUUUCCGACAACAAAUCUUAAUUCGUGACCUAAGCGAAAUUUCGAUUUAGUAUUUGUAUGCCCUGAUGAAAUGCCAAAUUAUUAUCUGUUCUUUCUCUAGGAAAUUUCGGAGUGGAGAGUGAUUGUAAUUAUUUUUCAUGAAUUUUACUCUUGAUUAUUCACUAAUAUAUGCUUUGUAAAUAUUUAAUAUUAACCAAAAUUGCAAUUUUAUAAGUAAGUGUUAGUAUAUUAGUUUCUGUUUCAGACAAACUAUGAGCACAGUAUAACCUUUUGGCUUUUGUAGGACAUAAAAAAAAACACUGAGAACCGCAUAUUAAAAAUUUGAUUUUUUAGUAUUGCUCGUACAGAAAUUGAGUUCCAUAAAUCUGAAUAGAUUACUAUCAUAAUCAUUAAGGAAUAAUGUCAUUAUUUCUUCAAAACAAAAACAAUUUCUUACAAUUGGUUGAAACUCAAGUGGAAAAAAACA